AGAACAGCGUGCUCUGCACCCCGUGACGUAGCACGCAGGAGUCGAGCGCAGUGCAUUGUGGUCGCCGGUGUUUGACUAGAAACCAAAUACAUCUGAGAGAAACAGAAAGCACACUGCUCUCCUGCUAACAGUUAACUACGGUGAUAUUCAGCCUAGCUCAGUAGUUGAUCUGUGACCUGUGACCCCCUACAAAGCAGCCAUGUCGUCGACAUCCCAAAAACAUAAAGAUUUCGUGGCCGAGCCCAUGGGUGAGAAGUCUGUGAUGGCUCUUGCUGGCAUCGGAGAGGUCCUUGGCAGAAGACUGGAGGAGAAAGGUUUCGACAAGGCGUAUGUUGUCCUCGGGCAGUUCCUAGUGCUAAAGAAAGACGAGGAGCUCUUCCGGGACUGGCUCAAGGAUACUUGCGGGGCAAAUGUCAAACAACAAGGUGACUGCUAUGGCUGUCUUAAAGAAUGGUGUGACUCCUUCCUAUAAAGCGUUCAGUCAUUGUUUUCUACUUCUGAAGUCCAAACUGUACAUUACCUCUUCCAAAAUAUUGAUUCACUUAAGCUACACCAUAUAUAUUUGAACUGACACUGUACACACUAAUGAGGUUUAUUGAUGUCAACUUGUUUUUAAAUUAUACUUAAAGCUGUUAGUGUAUCUCUGAAAUCCCUUGACCCCCAAAUCAAAUUCAAACAUGCCCUUCUCAUGGCAUCGCAAACAGUUGGAUACUAUUAGUCUAUUUGUCUUUAAAUUGUUGGUGGGUCAUCACAAAAUGUGAUCUGAUGUGAAUCUGCCUGUAAUGUUUACUCGCUGUCAGUAGCCACUUUCACAGCAGACCUUUUGACUUGUCAUAGUAGUAAAUGGGUGUAGUCGUAACAUAAAUGAUGGCUUCUUUCCAUUAGGGUUUACCAGUAAGUCAUGUUACUGAGCCAGCAUGCACAUAAGCAGGGCUGUGACACUGGGACACUAAAAUCUAAUGUAGCCUUUAUUAACGUUGGUACACCCUUUGUUUGACACGUCAGAACGUCUGCUGUGAGGACAGUUUUUGGGAAAAAGCUGCUCAUGUUCAUGAUACUGCAACGGCUUUCUGAUCAAGGUUACAUUUUAUAUUCAGGUUCAUUCAUUGUCUGCCACGUACUGAGAUUUUACAUUUUGUUACGCUAAACAUGGCUAGCUUGUGCUAUGUUUUUAAACCUUUUACCUUCAGUAAAACACCUAGAUUUUGAUUCAGCACACGUAAUGUGAUGAUUACCCAGUACGACCCAGACUAAUAUUUCUAUUCACCAUCAACUCUUGGGCUUCUUUUCCCAUUAGCCUGUUUUUUAAAGCCACUGAAAGGUUAAUGUAAGCGGUGUUUUUUUUAAACGCCGCAUUAUAUCACAGUUGACUAUCAUGCACUGUCCACAAACAAAGUUUCAAUGAUUUCCUGAUGGGGUGGAUUGUCUGAAGUGUCUUGCAGAGGAUGUGACUGUUUCAUGUGACACAAACCUAAACCUCAAAACUGAUGUGACACUGGUCUUAGCAAAAAAAAAAAAUUCUUAUUCCAAAAACUUUUAACUUUUGAUCUUGCAAAUGGAAACAUGGCCAGGCCCCCACAUCUAGUCUGCUCAAAGCUUGUUUGAACCAGAAGAUGGAAAUGUCUGUAAAUAAAGAUGCCGAUGCAACAAACUCAAACACUGUCAAAAACGUGUCAGUCUAUUGCCGAUGAGCGGGCUGCAGCCUUAACAAUAAAGAAUUAACUUCCAAGUAUGUGUCUACUAGCUCAACCAAAAUAUACUUCUAAUUUUGUUAGCAAAAAACAACAUCAUGCAUCUACUUCAAGUGCUGGGGGUCGAGGCUAAUGAGUUGCAGAUGAAUGCAACUUGUUGGUUUCUUAAAUGGCUACCAUGAUGUCUUGUUUAAACAGUGUGAAUCACAUGGCAGCCAUCUAUAUCAGCCAACAACCACGAUACAGUCAAUCAAUCAGCACCCUGUUUGUUCAUUAACAGUUAGAGGCUUAUGUCACUGAUAUGCUGUACUCGUACAAUAGAAUGUAUUUGAAGCUUCAGUAGAAGUUGACCUUGUUCAAGAGCGAGUAAAAACCCUUUGGAUGAGUUUAUACUCGCUCUUAAACAAUGACCUGUAAAUGGGAAAGGUAAAUCACUGAUCCAGUGGCUUUAAGUAGAAAUGGUAUACUACCUAUAGUGUGUAUUGUGCAGCACCAACAAGCCUGAUUUUAGGUCAGGUCUUCAUAUCUGAGCUUGAUGUUGACUGUCUUUCUAAACAUGAGAUGCCUUAAUGCAUGUGAGUUUAAACAUUUUAUCCAGUCAGAUCUUGAACUAUAAGAUCUGCAGUAGUGCAUGUCCGCGCUGUGUCACGUAAUCUUCCACACCAGCUGUUUGAAGAUGUAACCGUUGUGUAGCAGCUCUUUGUUAAAGCACUGGCUGAUGUGUUUGCAUUUGACUGUGAAAUCUCUUCAGUUUUUAUAUUGCUGUUACUAUAAAAAAAAAUAAAAGGCAAGUAUCAGAUUUGACAUGCGUUCUUUUUACAUGCCAUUAAAGAUUUCAUUUUUCUCAAAUAAAAAUCACAAAUGAGAGAAACUCUUUGAUAACAGAUUUUAUUCAAUGUCUGAUAUUCCAUGGUUACUUUUUCGCCAAAGCUCCAAAUUCGACAUUUGCAACAUAUUGAAAAUACAUUGAUUUAAUUUUUGAAACCAUCCAGAGCAGGGGGGUCCCCAAUGGACAACUCUGAAGUUGCCAUGGAGCUCAUCCAUGUGAUGGGAUCAUGUCUGAGAGCGGCUUUCUUUUGAUGUGCCUGUGAUUUAACGGAAUGAAACCACCGCCUGUACUGUAGAUGUAGUAAUAACUGGAGAGAGGGAAACCUUUUAAUUAAACAGGAACUCAAGGCGUUCACAUCAGUGGGCUUCAGAGUAAGUAGAGACGUUGGGCUGUUCCUUGAAUUUUCUGGAAAACCGUUGAAAGCACCCCUCUGCUCUGGAGAACCUCUCAGACCUGAUUGGUUAAAAUGACGAUGUACACCUGUCUUUGAAAGUACAUUAGAACUGCUCUAUUUAUUUUUUGCCUCAAAGAAAUAGAAAAUUGUUCAUGUGACAGACUCAAAGCUGAUUUUGCUUUAAUGGCUUACAUUAUAUAUUGAGUAUCCAUAACCCCUGGAAUGUUUUUUUUUUUUUUUUUUGGGCCUGUGUGCUAUUCAACUAUAAAAUCUUGGAUUUGACAGUGA